AUGGGUUAUGAGGUUGAUGUUCAAACCAUUGAAAGCUAUGCUCAACACCUUUUGACAAAAUUGGAUGACCCUCAAGAACCAAAAUUUGGCACUUUCAAGGAAAAAGAUAUGGAACUUCAUAAGAAGUUCACUCAGCCCGAAAGGAAGAGGAAAGUAACAAAAAUGGUAGAGGCAGUGGCUGAGAAGAUGGGUUUUACUAGAGAAUCUAUCAAGAAAGCUAAGGAGAAGAAGGCUCAAAUGGAAGCAGAGAUGGAAUCAAAGAAUCCUAAGACUAAAUCGGUUCCCUCCAAAGAAAAUCUUAAGGAGACUAAGUCUUCCCCUGCUCCGAUGAAGCCAUCUCCUCAUUCAACAACUCAAAGAUCAUUCGAAAAAGGAGUACUAAAGAAGAAGGAGAAACCAAAAAUAACUUAUGUCGCUAUAUCUCAUGUUGCAUCUGAGACAGAGUCAGAUGAGGAAGCAGAGAAAGAAAAGAAGAAAGGAGAAUUUGUCUAA